GCUCUUUGUUGUUCUUCUUGAUGAAGAGCUAAAGGUUCUUUCCUCCCUUCAUCCAACAUGGCUCGUGGGCCCAAAAAGCACUUGAAGCGUCUUCAUGCGCCUAAAGCAUGGAUGUUGGACAAGCUGGGUGGUGUUUACGCACCAAGACCGAGCACAGGGCCUCACAAGCUGCGAGAGUCUUUACCACUGGUUAUCUUCUUGCGAAACCGCUUGAAGUAUGCCCUCACCAACUGCGAGGUGAAGAAAAUCGUCAUGCAGAGGUUAAUCAAAGUAGACGGAAAAGUAAGAACUGACCCCAACUACCCUGCUGGUUUCAUGGAUGUCGUCACAAUUGAGAAGACUGGAGAGUUCUUCCGUCUGAUCUACGAUGUCAAGGGAAGAUUCACAAUCCACAGAAUAACUGCCGAGGAGGCUAAGUACAAGCUGUGCAAGGUGAAGAGGGUUCAGACAGGACCCAAGGGCAUCCCGUUCUUGGUGACUCACGAUGGCCGCACCAUCAGAUACCCUGACCCUCUCAUCAAGGUCAAUGACACCAUCCAGCUGGACAUUGCCACCUCCAAGAUCACCGACUACAUCAGGUUCGACUCAGGCAACUUGUGCAUGAUCACAGGAGGCCGUAACUUGGGUCGAGUCGGGACUGUGGUGAACCGAGAACGUCACCCUGGAUCCUUCGACAUUGUACACAUCAAGGACACCAACGGACACACUUUUGCCACCAGGUUAGUAAACGUGUUCAUCAUCGGCAAAGGUACCAAGCCGUACGUGUCUCUGCCCAAGGGUAAGGGAGUCAAGCUGACCAUCGCAGAGGAGAGAGACAAACGUCUCGCUGCCAAAGCUGCCUCAGGCUAACUUCGUUCCGUUUUAAAUAAAAUUUGUUAAAAACCUC